AUGGAUCCUCCGCGAGGAAGAACUAGAGGCCGAGGUAGGGCUCCACCUGUGGAUGAGUUCUUUGAGGAGGAGGUGGAGUUGGAGGUACCGGUGCCAGUUGUGGUAGAUGAUGGUCUACGUUUGGCCAGGCUGACUCAGGGUAUCAUCAGGUUAGGAGCGCCUACCUUUCUUGGAGGUACGGAUUACCGUGUAGUGGAUCACUGGAUAGAGGGCAUCGAGACAUACUUCACCUUGAUCACGUGUACAGAGUUUGAGAAGAUGCCUAUUGCUACGUUUUUUCUCAAGGAUGAGGCACGGGUAUGGUGGAGCGAGGUAGAGAGAGCUAGAGAUGUGACCGCCUUGUCUUGGGAGGGGUUUGUACAGUUCUUUCAAGAGAAGUAUUUUCCUGAUACUGUGAGGGAGCAGUUGGAGCUUGAGUUCAUAGCUCUAGUGCAGGGCUUGAUGAGUGUCAGGGACUAUGAGGCACUGGCCUUGACACGGAAGUUCAUUCGGGGUUUGAGGCAUAAGCUCCGGAAUGUUGUGACUUCACACCGUUUUGCUACUCUAGCAGAAGCGAUUGAGAGUGCUCUUGCAGUUGAGCAGGAUGAGGUCAUGCAUGAGACUGAGAGGCAGAGAGAUGUUCAGGGGAAAGGCAAGGCCCUAGCAGGGAGCAGCAGUUCAGGGGACCAUAGAGGUGGUUACGAGAAGAGGCAGCAGACUCAUCAACUGGCUCCAGCUAGAGUAGCAACUGCACCUAUUAGGGCUCCACCUAUUAGGCAGGCAGCACCCUUGAGGUGUUUCACCUGUGGUGAGUCAAGCUACUUCUCUUCAGCCUGCACGAAGCCCAGGAGGCAAGGAUGCUUCACUUGUGGGCAAGCAGGUCACUUUGCCAGGGAUUGCACACGACCUCAGGCUGGAGGACAGGGUAAUCCCCGGUAA